UGUUGUCACUUCCACUCAUAAAACAAUGCCAUCUAGCGGAUACUACUACUACAGAUACGCGUGUACUUGCUGAAUCAUCCAGUUUUUUUUCCACACACACUUUGUUUACCUUGAAGUGGCCAGUUUUUCGAGGCAACGUUCCCAAGCGAAUGUAAAAUUCGCGUUCGUGAUUGACCGAACUUUCCCGGCGCGUUACGUACCCACUGAACGGGGUUGGAAAAUUCCAGCCCCAGUGCCCAGCCCCCACCGGCCUUAUUUAAUGUGACCGCGCUCAAGCGCUCAAUCAGACUUGAUGGUUUGUUUUGACAGAAUAAUGUCACUUUCAUCGAGUUAUAAUUGUGUUUACUCCGGAACAGAGCGCACAGCACGUAAAAGAAAAGCUCGUCCAAGCGGGAAGAAUGUGAGAGGUGGUGGGCUGGUUGGUACGAGGGUUAAAUUUCCCAACGUCCAGUUCUGCUCGGGUUUAUCGAGCGCGUCAUGGUACGCUUCACGCGUGUAGCGCAGACCUUCGGACGACAUAGACAAACAACAAUUAGCUUUGCUGGUUGCCGCGAUGACGUUCUCCUGCCUCUUUUAUGGGACAACUUUUAGUGAUGCCUUUAGGAAUGCCAUAAAAAACAUCGGAAGCAAACUUGCAUUUACAAGAAAGGAUAAUAAACUUAAGUUAAACAGAAGUGAAAGUACCACACAGUGCUAGGUCUAAAAGGGCGUCGUUAUGCAUCCGUGCGUGCGAGGUUCGUGCAGUUAUAAUUACUGACAGUGCAGUGUUGCGAUAAAGAUCGGGAAAUCGGAUUGGGCUGGAGAAUUUUCAUUCGAUCACUUCCAUCGAUGCAUCGUCCGUCCGGGCACCAGUGCCGGUACACUAGCUGCAUCUAAUUGAUUUCGGAAAAAGCUUUCGCACAACAACAAUUAACUCGAAUGGAUAAUGGGUAUUUGUCUAGAUACAGAAAAAAACAACACUGCGUCCGACAUAGAGGACCCAGACUGGAAAGGCGGUGGGCCGAGUACGCGUUCCGCCGUGGUACGCACCCCGAAAAGUGCCAUCGCCGGGAUGCAGAACACCGGCAAGGUGAAGUUCGAUCCACCGAAAGUGCCCGUCAUAUUCGUGCUGGGUGGCCCCGGUAGUGGUAAAGUAACGCACUGCGAUACUCUGAUGCAGGAGCGCCGCGGUGUUACGCACAUCAACAUGAUGGACCUGCUGCAACAGUACGCCAUCGGGAAUGAUAUGCAAGACUUCUCCCAGCUUUCCUCGCGCACGGUCACCGAGGUACUGAUGCUGGAAAUGAAAAUGUCACCAGCUGCCAAAACUUACCUUGUAUCCGGAUAUCCACGAUCGAUGCGGGACGUCGUCGAGUACUCGGAAAAGAUCCAGGUAAUCAACGGUGUGAUACUGAUAUCCUGGCGUCAGGCCAUACUACAGAAGCAGAUCGAUUACGGUGCCAAGCUGGGCCACGUGGUACUUUCGCUGGCCAAGAUGGAGCUGGAGAACUUCUUCAAGAACGUCAUGCCCGUGGCGGACUACUUCGAUCAGAGCGAUAUGCUGAUCGCGAUCAACGGUGAACGAUCGCCGUCGGAGGUGUACAAAGACUUUCGCACCGCCAUACUCGACAUACUCGGUGCGCAAGAAAAUCAGGAAGCACUGUUAAACGGAGUCGCAGGUAUGGGCAGGGGCGUAGAUGACAUACCCGGCAGUAUAGUUAGUGUAGACACGGCACCUAGUCAACCUAAGGUCAUUGCAGCAGGUCCCGCACAUCAAGUAGAAUUAAACCAUACUCGCACGCCUCCGCCCCCAGCAAACCCCGGGGCCCGCCCAGCAAACGCAGCAGCAGACCAGAUGGCGCGUCCCACGUCGCACGGGUUGCUGCAGCGGCAGCAAUCUCGCUCCAGCCUGCACCAGACAACCGGCGAAACGGUCCUGGUCGGUGGGUACGGUGAACCGGCCUCACCCGAACGGUUCCGGCCGCACCGUGGCUCUGGACCGCCGCCCGUCAUCUGGGUAAUCGGAGGUCCGGGCAGUAACAAAGCGACGCUGUGUCUGAAGGCGGUUGGAAUCAAUCCGGGCUGGGGUCAUUUUAGUGUGGGAAGGUCGUUGCGAGCCGUUGCCGAAUCAGGACCACGCGUGGGGUCGGAUAAUUACGCGGUGAAGGAAGCAAUAACGGCGGGUGAGAUGGUGCCUAAGAAAUCGUUGGACGCGUUGAUUCAGGGUCAGCUAAAGCAGUUGGCCGACAAGCGGGGCGUUAUCAUCGAUGGGUAUCCGCGGGAUAUGGAGCAGGUCGCUGAUUUCGAGCGAAAGUACAAUCAAAAGCCUCCAAUAAUAUUGCUGGACUGCUCGAAGUUGCAGCUGGGUCGGGGUCGGCUGGAUGACACUGUGUCCUCGUUUCGCCGUCGGUUGGAGCUGUUCCGGGAGCUAACACUUCCGAUGCUCAAAGAGAUGGAUACCGCGGGUCGGCUCACCAUCGUUGACGGUGACACGGACAGCCCAUCGGUACAGCGUGAGUUUGAGCGAAUCGUUCGCGUCAAUAUGGAGCGGGUGUUGAACUCCUGCCUCGGCCAAACUGACCCCGACCAGCACGAUGACAUUCCGCCGGUACAGAUCGGCACCUUCAAGACCGUGCUGCAGCGCACCCAGCGCAACAGCAUGGAUGCGAUCGUGCAGGAUCUCGACACGGAAAUGCCGGGUGCCGUUCCCACGAUUAGCCAUCACGUAAGCCUGGCAAACGGACAUCUCCCGGGCAGUGGUAAGGCGGCCAAGAACGGGUACGUCCCGAACGGACGACCAAACUUUCGCAACAUGCUGGAAGAAGCGGACAGCUAUCCGAUCGAUUCACACAUUUAGUGUGAGCGUGCGGAGUAGAUGAUGGCAGAUCACAGCUACAGCAAUAAGUACAAAAGUCUGUUUGCCUCGCCGGGCUUGGCCGGGGGAAGUUGAAUGAGCAAUUUAUAGGUGUUAGAAAAAAAAUGGCGCUUCAAAAGCGGAUCGUAUAUCGUACGAAAUAGGGCAAUACUGCGAGCAGUGGCUGAUAGCUUUAAAGAAACUGAGCAACGGUCUAGAAACUCGGCAAGGGAUAUUAGGGAUGAUAGAGGAACCGUCGGUAUCUUAUAUUGGCAUUGUGCCAAAACAGGAAAUAAAGAGAGAGGAACAAGGAGAACGUUGGCGGGAACGGGGUACGUUAUGGGCCUUUUGUUUUUAGUUUGAAGUUGAAGAUAUCGGACCGGAUUGAUAGACGGUAGGCCUCACGUUUUAGUAGCGUCAUACUACAUUAGAGAACUACACUACUGUGUUGUUUGGUUUUCUCUUUUUUUCUGAUAAUCAGUAACAAUUUUUUAAUGUUUGGCUAGGACCAAAGAAAGGCAAUUGUUAAGCGCAAAUACAAUUAAAAAAAGGAAUAAUAAAGCAAACCAGUAACAAUUUCUAGCCCCUUUUUAUGUUAGAAAUGACAGUCCAUAGUGUGGCGCCAUUUAUUGAAGCUAGUACUGAUCGAAGUAUUCGUGACAGUCACUUUUGGAGAGUUGAACAGAAACGCCGAAGGGGUUUUUAUUUUGUGUGGAAAUUUUGCGUGAAAGGAAAGAAAAAUUAUGAAUGAUUUAAAAAUAUCAUUAGAUAGCACACGUGAGGAACGGAACACGGAAAGCGGUUCUAUUGCGCAUUCUCCAUCGCGGGUAAGUGACUGUCUCAUUUUCUCGCUGCAUUUUAAAAUGUGUCCUG